AUGGCAUCUCAACACUCGCGGAGAUCGCGCGAGUCGACUCGCCCCGAAAUGUCGAUCGGCCGCUAUACCCGGCUCGACGAGAUCGGGCGAGGGAGCUUUGCUACCGUCUACCAGGGGGUGCAUACGAAAUCCCGCACCUACGUAGCCAUCAAGUCGGUCAACCUGUCAAAGCUCAACAAGAAGUUGAAGGACAACCUCUCCUCCGAGAUCGAUAUCCUGAAGGGCCUCCAUCAUCCGCAUAUCGUGGCGCUCAUCGACUGCCAUGAAUCCACAUCCCACAUUCAUCUGGUCAUGGAAUACUGUGCUUUGGGGGACCUGUCACUGUUCAUUAAACGACGAGAGACCCUUGCCAACCAUCGAUAUACGCGGGACAUGAUUGCCAAAUACCCAAAUCCUCGCGGUGGAGCGCUGAAUGAAGUUGUCGUGCGACACUUCCUUAAGCAACUUUCAAGCGCGCUGCAUUUCCUCCGAGACCGCAACCUUAUCCACCGAGACAUUAAACCGCAAAACCUACUACUUUGCCCAUCCCCUUCAUCUUACCGGUCAGGUGUGGCCCAAGUGAUUCCUUAUAAGGGCAGUGAUGAUUCAUAUGAACCCAUAACCGGUCUCGAGACACUACCGAUGCUCAAGAUUGCGGACUUUGGGUUCGCUCGAUCCCUUCCGGCCACCUCGCUGGCAGAGACCCUUUGUGGCUCUCCACUUUACAUGGCACCCGAGAUCCUUCGGUAUGAGAAAUAUGAUGCCAAGGCAGACUUGUGGUCGGUUGGCACCGUGCUCUAUGAGAUGGUGGUCGGCCGGCCUCCCUUCCGUGCCACCAACCACGUGGAACUGCUCCGGAGGAUCGAGAAAGGAGAGGACCGAAUCCGAUUUCCCGAAGACAAUCCUGCCUCGGAUGACAUUAAGAAGCUGAUACGCGGCCUUCUGAAGCGGAAUCCGGUGGAGCGAUUGAAUUUCCCUGAUUUUUUCAACAACCAUGUCAUCAAAGAUGAUAUUCCUGGUCUGGUGCCAGAUGAUCUCCCACGGAGGCCUUCUGCCGAGUUCGAUGAUGCUAGACCGACUCCGGUCGACGUGAACACGGCCAAGAACUCUCCAUACGCCGAGGAACCGGAAGAGACGCUCACAUCCCCUGCCAGGCGACCGCCGUCGACACGUCAGAAAUCAGGGACGCCACCGACUGCCGCGACUAUGCGUCAAGUUGGCAGUAGUGAUCGUCCUUCAUCUGGUACCAUCAAAGGACAGGAAACCAAUUCCCACCGGCCUGGCCCAGUUAGCCAUGCUACAGCACCUGGUCGCCAGGAACUGGUGGGCCGCCAUGCCGCCACAGCUGCGAUGGAGCGCCAGAGAUCUCGGAACACGCACACGGACGCUACACGGACGGAAGAACCGUCAGAUCCUGCCCGAGCGGAACGAGAGCAGGCUGCCCAAGACGUGGCCUUUGAGCGGGACUACGUGCUUGUGGAGAAACGUGCUGUCGAAGUGAAUGCAUUUGCAGAUGAGUUGGCACAUAGCCCCCGUAUCCAAGGCGGCUUUGGUCGCCCGGGACAAGCCGGCACUGUAUCUCGGCGCGCGACUACCCAGGGACUCCCCACAACCACAUCGACCUCUCCGCAUGCAAAUGCUACCAAGGCCAUCCAGGUUGCGUCGAAUCGUGCCCGAGCAGAUUCAAUACAUCAGCGUCAACACUCUUACGAGCGACGGUAUGGCCAGAGCCCCACGUCGGCCACAUCAGCCAUCUCGAAAGCACUCAAUAUGGCCAGUGGUCGCCUCUUUGGAAUGGGGUUUUCUCCGCCACUAGCCAUCACCAAAGGUGGCCGGUCACCCCCGCUGGCCUACAACCCAUUCCCUGCAUACCCAGCUGCCCAGGCUAGCCUCAUGAUUAUGGGCGACGGCGCUAAGACAAACGUUGCGGUCGACGAAGACUACAAGGCAGUCCAAGUCAUCGAAGAAUGUGCUACUCGCAGCGAUGUCGUUUAUGGAUUCGCCGAGGUGAAGUAUAAGCAGCUCAUUCCGUUGGCACCCUCGGCGUCCACCGACCCUUCUGCGAGACCCCCCGUCUCUAGUGCUGACACCGAUUCUACCGACCCCACUGACGACGGGUUGACUGUGGAUGCCAUCGUCACACUCUCCGAAGAGGCUUUGGUACUAUACGUGAAGGCUCUGUCCCUGUUGGCCAAGUCCAUGGACAUUGCCGGUGCCUGGUGGUCGCGCAAGAACCGUGAAGAGACGUAUGGCGACUCUUUCUCGACUAGAGGAGAGACCAGUGCGCUCGCGGGAGCCCGCAUUAACAAUAUCGUGCAGUGGGUGCGGGCUCGGUUCAAUGAGGUCUUGGAGAAGGCUGAGUUUGUACGCCUGAAACUCAUGGAAGGGCAAAAGCGUUUGCCCUCGGAUCACCCCAGCCAUCCAGAUAACCAGCCCAUCGCCUCAAGUGCUGGGUCAAGCACUUCAAUCGAUGUGGUAUUGAGCCCGGGCGUCACAGCCGAAAAGCUGAUGUAUGACCGUGCCUUGGAGAUGAGUCGGGCUGCGGCGAUCAAUGAGCUGACUGGCGAUGAUCUCGCCGGCUGUGAAAUUGCCUAUGUCACCGCCAUACGCAUGCUAGAAGCUGUGCUGGAGAAUGACGGGUCGCGAACUGACCGGCAAGAUGCCACACCCGCUGGGGAGAAGGUCGUCCUGGACGAUCUGCAGGCGGAGGAUCGGCAGGUGGUGCUGAGGUUGGUGUCGAGCAUGCGCGGUCGCCUCGCUUCUCUUCGCAAGAAACUGGCAGUGCUCGCCAAGCGAACCUCGGCGCCCACGCCGACGACGAGCAGCACAGCGCGGAUUCCGUCCUCGAACUCGGUGCCUGUUGCACUUGCGACCGGUGCCACGCCGCCGCGGUGA